GUUAUAGUCAGCAAUUGCAAUAACACGUACGUAAAUUAAUAUGCGUAAUGUUUAUUCAUAAAAUCGUUAUUAUUUUAACGACGUCUGUGUUUAUUGUCUAUGGUGAAGUACCAGAGGUAGUAACUACACAUGGAAAAGUCCAAGGAAAAGUUUUAACGACUCUGAUAGAGAACGUCCAAUAUUUAGGAUUUAUGGGUAUACCUUAUGCUGCUCCGCCAGUAAACAACUUACGAUUUUUGCCACCACAAGCUAUCGAUCCCUGGGACGAGGUCCUCGUCGCUAAGAAAGAAAAAAGGCCCUGCAUCCAAUAUAACAUCAACGUAAAAAAGGGUCAACCCCUUGGUCAUUAUGGCGUAGAAGACUGCUUGUAUCUCGACAUAUUUACUCCUAAAUUAGACAAAAAGAAACGUGCAGUCAUCGUUUUUCUUCAUAAUGAAUAUUUCACUUGUUCUUAUAACAAAACAAAGGACUACGCGCCAGAUUUUUUCAUUGAAGAAGAUAUCAUAAUAGUAACGAUCAGUCAUAGAUUAUCUGUAUUGGGGUUCCUUUCAUUCGAAGACGAUACGUUGCCGGGAAACGCGGGAUUAAAAGAUAUUGUGGAAGCUUUGAAAUGGAUUGAAAAAAAUAUAGAUCGUUUUGGCGGGAAUCCCGAGAAAAUAACGUUAAUGGGAUCACAUGGUGGAGCUGCGGCAGUUGAUUUGUUAAUUCAUUCGAACGCAAAGGACUUAUUUCAUUCCGCUAUUAUGCAAAGCGGCACCGCGUUAUCCACCGCUUAUUUGCAAAGUGAAGUGAAAGCGAGAGCAUUUAAACUUGGCGAAAUCUUAAAACUGAGCACUAGUAGCAGUCAGAAAUUAUUAGAAUAUUUGAGAAGUGUACCCGCCGAAGACCUUUUACAUAGAAAUGUCCACGCCAGUCCGAAAGAUUAUUAUAGAGACAAUCAAAGAGGUGUAUUGUCUUUCGGCCCAAUUGUUGAGACGCAAAAGGGUGGACUUAUAACUGAAUAUCCGGAAAAUUGUUUCACUACUAUACAGAUUCCUAUUAUGAUUGGAUUUAAUUCUCGAGAGGGAUUAGACAUGUCUCUCCAAUAUCUUAUAGAACCAAAAUAUCUUAGCUUUGUUGAAAAGGAUUUCCCAUUCAUAAUGCCAAAACGAGUGAAUUUCAAAUUCGAUCCAGUACAAGAAGAAUAUUAUAAUGCCAUCGACGAUAUAAAGAGGUUUUAUUUUCCAAAUAAAAAAGUUAAAAUCAAUAAUAUUCCAGAGUACUUGUCAUAUAUAGGAGACGUACUUGCCGCUUAUCCAAUUGAUAGUACAGUGAAUAUGUAUGCCAAUAAAUCGUCUAAUUCUAUUUAUUAUUAUUAUUUUGACUAUUAUAGUGAAUUGAAUGAAAACAAAAAUAAUUUGAUGAAGUUAUCAACAGUUGAAGACGGUACAUGGGGUGCUGCCACGGGCGACGAACUGUGCUACUUAUUCAAAUGUCCAAGUUUAAAGAAACAAUAUUUGAAAUAUAACAAAUCAUUGUCAAACGAAAUAAAUAUUCAAAGAAAAAUGGUUACAAUGUGGUCUAACUUCGCAAAGUAUGGUGAUCCUACUCCGGAAGGUGAUAUUUUACUUGAAAAUCUGAAAUGGCCUUCUUACGAUAUGCAUACAAAAACGUACCUACAUAUAAAUGAAAAGAUUGAACUUAAAACUGAACUAUACAAAGAAAAAUUUAAUUUCUGGAAACAAUUUAUUAAUACGUGGGAGAAAAGGGCUGUAAACGGGAUAGUGAGUGGCACAAAAAAUAAAAAAGAUGAACCGCAAACGUUUUCAAUUAAAACUUAUUUGUUUAAAAUGAUAGGUGCUUUAUUUACUGUAUUCUUGUUUUGUAUAACUUCUCUAAAUAUAUGUUAUGGAGAUGUGAUAGUAGAAACUAAUUCUGGCAAAAUAAAUGGUGUAGAAGUGAAAUCGAUAAUAGAAAAUGAAAAAUAUUACUCAUUCAUGGGUAUACCAUAUGCAGAACCGCCUAUUGGUGAUCUUAGAUUUAUGCCACCAAUCCCUCACAGUGGGUGGAGCGACAUCUUACCAGCAAAAAAGGAAAAGAAGCCGUGUGCUCAGAAUCGUGUACCAAUUAGAGGCACAAAAAAAUUUGGAUACUGCGGUGACGAAGACUGUCUUCAUUUGAGUAUCCACACGCCAAAACUCCCCAAUGAAGGCGACCUUAAUCUUCCAGUAAUAGUAUUUAUACAUAAUGAACACUACAGAAUGUCAUCUAACAAUUCAAUUGAUUAUGGUCCCGACUUUUUUAUGAGUGAAAACGUUGUUUUAGUAAUGGUCAACCACCGACUUGGAGUAUUUGGUUUCUUAUCUUUUGCAGACGAACUUCUACCUGGCAACAAUGGUUUAAGAGACGUUAUUCUAGCUCUUAAAUGGAUCAAAAUAAAUAUAGAAAAGUUUGGAGGUGAUCCAAAUAAAGUUACAUUAAUGGGAAGUGACGGUGGAGCUGUUCUAGUUGAUAUAUUACUACAUUCUCCAAAAGCCAAAGGAUUAUACAAUGCUGCCAUUCUACAAAGUGGAAACUUGUGGAACUCCAUGAGUAUUGUUAACAAAACCCGAGAAAGGGCUAUAGAUUAUGCUAAAGAACUGAAAGAAGAAGUUACAAGCAGUUCAUAUUUAUUAAAACGAUUGCACACAAAAUCUCCUAUAGAUCUGACUCUAGCUGAGGAAACUUCUGUGCAUGCUGACGACUCACGUGCUGUCCAAGUUGGUAUACUUCCAUUUGGACCAAUAAUUGAACACGAACAUCCUGAUGCUAUUUUCACCAAGAUUCCAGAAACUCCUUUUGAUAUGAAUGUUCCUGUAAUGAUUGGCUAUAAUUCCAGAGAAGGUAUUGAGGUGACCGAACGUUAUUUACAUAAACCUCAAUACCUCACAUUUGCUGAUAGAGAUUUCCUUGUCCUCUUACCGAUCAGAACCAAUUUUCAUUUCGAUAUUCACAGCUCUGCAUAUGCUAAUGCCAUUGAAGAAAUAAAAAAUUUCUAUUUUGAAGAAGGUUAUAUAAAAAUUAAUAAGCCUGGGGAGUUUGUAACAUAUAUCGGAGAUAUUAUGUCAUUUUAUCCCAUAAACUAUGGUGUGAGAAAAUACGUCAAUGAAUCAAGUUAUCCUGUUUAUUAUUAUAUGUUUGAUUAUAGUGGAGAAUUUAAUAAAAGAAAGAAGAAUGUUUUAUCUAAAUCUAAAACUAUAGAUGGCACAUGGGGUGCAACUAUGGGAGAUGAUCUUUGCUAUUUAUUUGUUUGUAAAUCUAUCAAAAAAUCAUACAAGAAAGCUAUUCAAGAUGAUGAUUCUGAAGAUAUGAAAAUAGUAAAAAAUAUGGUAAAAAUGUGGUCCAACUUUGCCAGAACAGGAAAUCCAACACCACCUGGAGAUCAAUUUAUAUGGAAACCAGCCUCUAAGGACAAAAAAGAAUGUCUAGUCAUAAAUGAAGAACUGCAGAUUAAAAAUAAUCUACAUCAAGAAACAGUAGACUUUUGGGACAACUUCAUAGAAAAAUAUAGAGAAAAAGCUAUUGAUGGUGUUGUUAAAGAUAUAAAAGAUGAACUUUAAAUCAAAACACGUUAUGAUUAUUUAAACUCUCAUUAUGUAUUUGUAAUAAAAAAAAUUAAAAUGGA